AUGGCUUCGAAGCGCAAAGCAUCAGACACUCCAGCCCCGCCGGCAUCAUCUGCGCAGCAGAAAGAUAGCAAAGUGAUCCAUUUCACGGCUCGGAAUCCGCCAUGGAGUUAUCUGAAACUGCAGUUAAUCCCACAACCUGGUUACUCCUCUGCGAACACGCUCCUCGAUGAGCUCACUACGCGAACAUAUCUCUCUUCCGCUCUCUCCCAGUUCCUAGGUGUCACAGGCACAGCGAUCUCCAUCGACCUCCUCAAGGUCGAAAAUGACGGCACGAAUAAAUACGCGUGGAUCCGGGUUCCGCGCGACGACGCGUCGGCGGUCGUAUCAGCGGUGUCUUCAUGGAUUGGUGGGAGCAAAUCGAGUGGGAGCUCGGGCGCAAAUGCGGGCAAUGUUGCAUGGAGGGUUUGUGCAAAAGGGAAUUUCCUCGGUGCGCUCGUGAAUGGAUCAGGAACGGAUCUUUUUGCUCCAUGA